AUGCUCCUGCGGCAGGAAGUGGAGCAGCUCCGAGCACAGAAUGCGGUGGGGCUGUGGAGUUUUGAAUUGACGGACGCCGACAACACCGGGAACACCCCGAGCGGCCAAGAGUCCACGAACGCCUCAGACACCCAAGGCGGCAGCCCGCACACCGGCCCGCUCGGCGCCAAGCACGCCUCGAACGCCGCGAUCACGCCAGGUUUUUGUUUGGAUUCACAGGGCCAGGGGCAACAGACUCUGCUCGGUUGCAUCGUGAUGGCGGUGGCCAUUGCAAUCCUCGCGAUGCUCGCAGAAGUCAUGGCCGAGGCAACGAGCUCCACAGCAUCCUUGCGUGGUGCAAGUGCUGUGCGAGAGCUGCAGCAGACACCCGCUGACCAAGUUCCGGUCAGAGACUCGGACGAGGCUGUGGCUCCGCGGUGUCUGCCCGGAUACGUCGACGUUACAGGAGGGCAGGCCUUCUUCUGGUCCUGUGCUUUCCAUUGCGAUGGAGGCCAGUACUAUGCCACGGCCGGGUGCAUGUGCGCAUGCCUAACUCCGGAACAGCGCGACCGCCUGGAAUCCCAGGGCGAUGCUGGCUUCACACCUGGAGGGACGGGCACGGGCCAAUCCUCCGGGAUCUUAAUCACAGCGCGUUCUACCAUAGGCCCACCUCCGGCAGGCGACCCUGUGGUCGAGAUUCCCGUCGGCCCUUUGGGGGGAGAUGGAAGACCUGGAGUUGCACCCCCUGCAGUUGACAGCUAUGUGAUGAAACAGGACGAUCAGCCGGUUUUCCAAGCUGAGACAUCGCCUGAAGAAGAGGGGAACUUGAGCUUGGCAGUCAUCGCUCUGAUUGGAGGCCUCUUGCUCGUUAUUGCAGCAGCUGUGGCACUCAUCUGUGCCCUCUGGUCCAGCAUUGCCCACGGCAAGCCCAGGCGCACCAAGGUGAUGGUGCAGCUCCCCAGGUUUAGCCCCCAUGUGCCGGUGGAGAAGUGCCCCCAGCCUCCAGCAGAACUGCGUUCAACACCGUCAGCCCCCACACUGGCUCAGGCAGUCAACUUGCAUAAGUUGCAGGAGCCUGCGAUCCGAGUGUCCUGGAAUUCCAGCAAUGUUUCUGGCGAAUCUCAGGGCCCGUCGCGACCAGCGCAGUGGCAGCAUUUGCGGGUUCCUGACGGCGACAGAAAGCUGAAGGGAAGCCCAAGCAGCAAGACCAGCGCGACCAGCACCUGCAGCGGUGGUGCAAGUGGCACAAGCAGUUUGUCCAGUGGCUCCUGGGCCACCAAAUCCGAACAGGGUGGCCGCCCACAGCUUGGCUUCUCGGGGAAGACCUCGCGUGUCCAUCCCAGUGCCAGGCAGGUAUUCAUGUGA